CCGUAUUGCUCCAACCGGCGGCAUCCACGAGCGAGAUCGGGUCUCCCCACCCACCUCUGCCGGGUGACCCAAACCGGAGUGAGUCGACGCGCGUGCCUCCACUUCCGCUUCGCCACACAUCCUCAGCUCCUCGCCAACCAAACAUGACGCCGGCCCGCCAACGCAGCACCUCCCCUACCGUGUAAUCUUCCACGGCGAGCUCUCGCCGCCGCUCCCGGUCGGGUCGCCCGUUCCCGCACGCAUCCUCAUCCGGUCAGAAUUGCCCUCCCAACCAACCAAACCCCCCAGACAAGCGUUCAACCCCAGCCAGCCGCCCAGCGAAGCGACCUCCCCCUACUCCUCCUCCGUCUCCCUCCGCGGGUCGUCCCGUCCCGCCCCGCCCCGCCCGCCAAUCAUUUCGCUCGCUUGUCGCUUCCGCCGCAGCCGCCACCGCGCACAUGCCGCCUGCCCCUGUUUCUGUAUAGUAUAUAUAUAGCCGCGGGCGGCGAUGAUCAGGCCACAGGCCGGCCUGCUGCUGCGGUCACUGGGAGCGGGAGGCGCGCGGCCGGCGGCCAUGAGGUCGGCCACCUCGCUCCUCCUCGGCGCCGCGCUCGCCACCGCCUUCUUCCUGCUCUACACCUCCCUCUGCCGCGACCUCGGCGACUCCCCCGGGUCGCCGCCGCGGUGGGAGCAGCGUGCGCGGGAGGCCGGAGCAGCCGGCGGCGGCGGCGGUGGUGGUCAGGGCGCGGCGCUCCUCAACCCCAGUAAGCAACGGCAAGAUGCAGCCUCCAAGGAGCAGGAGGAGGGGAGGAAAGAGGUGGUGACGCGCGGCGAUGGCGACGGCGGACACGGCGCAAGAAAAGAUCAGGGGAAAGGCUCGGGCACGACGGACAACAAGCAGCAGCAGCCGCAGAUCGUGAUGCCUGGCACUUCGACUUCAACCAAGCAGCAGCAGGAGCAACAGUCCCAGGACGACCUGGCGGACCUUCUCCGGCGAGCGGCAACGGCGGACAAGACGGUGCUGAUGACGGCGAUCAACGAGGCGUGGGCGGCGCCGGGUUCGUUCCUGGACCUGUUCCUGGAGAGCUUCCGCCACGGCGAGGGCACAGCGGACCUGCCGCGGCACCUCCUCAUCGUGGCCAUGGAUGGCAAGGCCUUCCGGCGGUGCCUCGCCGUGCACCCCUUCUGCUACUGGUUCCGCGUGGCCGGCAUGGACUUCGCCGGCGAGCAGAAGUACAUGAAGGGCGACUACCUGGAGAUGAUGUGGCGACGAAACCGGCUCCAGCAGCGCGUCCUGGAGCUCGGCUACAGCUUCCUCUUCACGGACGUGGACAUCCUGUGGUUCCGCCCCCCGUUCCCGCGCCUCCCCGCCGGCGCGCAGGUGGUGAUGUCGUCGGACUUCUUCGUCGGCGACCCCAGCUCGCCGGGAAACUACCCCAACGGCGGCCUCCUCUACGUCCAGUCGUCACCGGCCGCCGUGGCGUUCUACGAGCACUGGCAGGCGUCGCGGGCGCGGUUCCCCGGGAAGCACGAGCAGUACGUGUUCGACAUGAUCGUCAAGGAGGGCGUGCCGGCGAGCAUCGGCGCCGCCGUGCGGUUCCUGGACACGGCCGUCUUCGGCGGCUUCUGCCAGCACGGCAAGGACCUGGGCAGGGUGGCCACCAUGCACGCCAACUGCUGCGUGGGGCUGGAGAACAAGCUCUUCGACCUCAGGAACGUGCUCCAGGACUGGAAGGCGUACAGGGCGCGCGUCGCCGCCGGGGGCGACGCGCGGGGAUUCUCGUGGAGGGUGCCCGGGAGAUGCAUACACUGAGCUCCUCAUUCUUAGCAGCUAUUGUAAUUCACUUUUUUUCUGAUGAGUAUAUAUAAAUUUGCAAAUAUGUUUCUUUUUUCCGGAUAGCAAAUUUGAAAGAGACAUGGCGUUAUAUGCACGAAAA